CCGCCGUUCAGCUGGUAAGAUGCUGAUGGACACGUUGGAAGUGUGUCUUCAGGAUAACUACCGAUCGGAUUCGGAAAACGAGGUCAGAAACUUUCUGAACUUCCUACACAAGCAACUGAUGCACCACGACCUCCUGCGACUGGGCGGCCCGAGGUCCAAUCUCCGCGGCACCCAGUCCACCCCCAACAGCCCCCUGAUGCAGCGCCGGUCAUCUUCAUCGACCGCCCCGGCCGACGCGUCAUCAUCACCGUCGGCGCGGGGCCUGAGACUGAGCACGGACCUCUGUCGGUCCGACAGCACUGCCAAGAAGGUGUGCCGUGCAGCACUGCAACAGUCGUCGGAUGAAGUGGAAGACAUGAUGUGUACUGGUAACGGUGAUAGUCCAACACUGGAGGUCUGAAUGCGGGAAGG